GGCCAGAGGUUGCAGCACGCACCAUAAAUCAUACACAUCAUGUUACGAGUUGUCUCGCUAUUGUUGUGGAGUACGACAUCAACAUGCAUCGCCCAAACUACAAAUAGCUCUUUCUCGUUAAUUUCCUCGGGCGCUAAUACAACUAAUAUAGUUAGUAUAAGUGAUAUAACAAAUGAUAGUUCUGCUACAACUACCGUUCCAAAUACUAUCACCGCCUCAGCCGUGAUGGAAACCUCUGAAAUUGAAUCGACAGAUUCAGCCUCUGAACCUAUAGAUUCAGCCUCUGAUGUUGAUUUUUAUUCGGAAGUAGUGGGUACAGAAACAGCACUUGACGACCUGGAGUCAGAGUUAAUUAGUAUCGAAACAGCAACUGAUAAUAUGGAAUCGGAAAUCAUGAGCUCGGAUAUGGGGUCAGAGUUUGUUAGUAUCGAAACAGCAACUGCGGGUAUGGAAUCCGAAAUCAUGAGCUCGGAUAUGGAGUCUGAAGGUAUCUCAGAGGAAGCGAGCAUGGAUUUGGAGGGUCCUGUGGUGAACCCUAUGACAAACCAGACAGCAGCGCAGAGUUGCGACUGCGGUAGUGGUGCGUGGUUGCAGGGUGUGUGUCGUGAAUUGAGUGUUGCGUUGCAAUUGGCGGCAGUGGGCGAUGAAAUAUCCGUGGUGGGAAGCCAGAACAUCUACACCGAACUCAACAUAACUAAAAACACUAGUAUUCAAGGUGUUAUCUGUGACGGUGUGCGGCCUCUGGUAACAUCUCAGUUAAACGACUGGCAACAGGGUAUCUUUUACAUGAAUGGCCCCCCUAAAACGAACUUAAGUCUGGCUGGCAUAGACUUUGUCGGCUCGCCUGUCGGGUGGUCACGAUUGAUCCAUUCCGACGAGUUGGAUGUUGAUGCAGUAAUUGCUAAGGACAAUUUCAGCGGAAUGCCACCGUACACAUUACUGUUGCAUAACAUCAGUGCGGAGAACUUCACUACUCAGGCGCGAGGUGGAUCUGUGAUCUUUCUACAAGUAGCUGAACAGGUGUACAUUAGGCAGUCCCGCUUUACACGGAAUAAGGUAGCGUACUACGAUGAAGACCAUACAGAAUACUGGGGUGGUGGCGGUACGCUGUGGUUUCAGGAAUUAAACGUAAACCAAAGUAUUACGCUUGAAGACACAGUACUGGAAGACAACAUAUUCGAAUACCAGCAUGGGCUAGGUGGUGCUAUGACGGUAAUAAAUGUUACAGGAACAAUCGACAUCAAAGGAACGAAGUUCAUACGAAACCAAGCAGCGGAUGGUGGAGCAAUUCAUAUUGCACGAUUGAACGAUGGCGGCUCUCUGACGAUCGACAACGAAUGCGAGUUUGAUGGGAACAUCGCUCACGAGCAGGGAUGG